GGAUGAAAGUGCACAUCAGUUCCAAGCUUUUUUUUCUUCUUCAAGUUGUUGGUUUCACUCUCAUUUCUGCAUCAAAUAUUUGUGAUGGGAAGUAAUGAUGGAAUACAUUGGAGCCACAGGUGUUCCUGUGAAGUUCGAAUCUGUCCCAAUCAAGAACGAUAUCGACUUUCAUUUCAUCCUGAGUUUUGCCAUUGACGCAAUCCCAUCCGGCAAACAUCAAAAUGGCAUAUUUUCUCCAUACUGGGAACCAACACUAACGCCAGAAUCCGUCAAAGCCAUAAAAACAGCUCACCCAAAUGUCAAAGCCUUAGCUAGUCUCUCUGGCUGGAGCAUUGGUGAAAAAGUUCUUAGGUGGUACAACUCUCGAAAGCCAAACAAAUGGAUCUCAAAUGCAUUCUCUUCUCUCAAAUCAAUCAUAACGGAAUACCAUCUGGACGGAAUUGACAUUGAUUACGAAAACUUCCCCAAACAGAAUUCAACCUUCGCGUACUGCAUCGGUGAACUUAUCACACUUUUGAAAAACCAAAGUGUUAUUACCGUGGCUACUAUUGCACCCUUUUACAUAACUGUUAAUCCUUAUCUCGACCUUUAUAAUCGUUAUGGCGACGUUAUAGAUUAUGUCAACUACCAGUUUUAUACGGAUAAAGGUAGAAUAGCUGAUGGAUACUUAAGCACGUUUGCAUUGAGAGCACACCAAUUUGGAAAAGAAAAAUUGUUGCCUAGUUAUGAAACUGAUGGAAGAGGUAUUCAAGGGGAUGCAUUUUUUGACGCAUUGAAACUAUUAGAAACUAAUGGUUUUGAUGUUAAUGGUGUUAUGAUAUUUUCAGCUGAUGUUGGGGAUUCAAAUGGGUAUUACUAUGAGAAGAAGUCGCAAGAGUUUUUGCUUAACUCAACCAGUAACGCGUAGUGUAUUUAUUUUUAUUUUUCCUUGUGCUCCA